UUCACUUUCGUAUUCAAACGCAUAUGGUUCGCAAAACUAUUGACUGCUUUUAAUUUAAACUUUAAACAAAGACGGUUUCUGGCUGCAGGUGAAUUCCGGAUUCUUCCGCUUGAGGGGAAGAGAGGGCUAGCAGCUAAUAUUUCCGCUGUGGUUUUCGGGAUAGUUUAGUGAGAGUCCCUUGGUGUUGUGAGUGUAAACGGAUCCGUACAGGCUUGGUCUUUUGUAUAGAGAGGGCGCGGGGAGCGGAGGGAGGAGGGAGAGUAGAGUCACUCCAUCUCGUUUUUUUUGUUGAAGACUGGAUCGCGCCGUUUACAGUCCAGCGUGGAUCAACUCUGUUGUUCCGGAGUUCAACACAGCACACACGUAGGACCGGGGUGGCGUUUAUUAAAGCACGCACCUGAAACCAGCCUGUGUAAUUUGGCGUGUCUGGGCGUUGAUAAGAAACUUGCCGUUCGCCGUAGUAAUAUAGUUCUAACUUCUACAGCGAGCAGGAAACCGCAGACAGGAUUUUCUAUCUCACAAUGUCGUUGUUUCUGGAAUGUUGUCGCUAGCCGCCCUCGCUGACUGGGGAGAGAUGUGAACUUUUUUUUACGGACGCUGAGUAAGACGAGAUUUCUUUUCUGGGUGAAAUAGAAGACGACCAGAAAUAACAUCUGGACGGCGAGCGAGUGCGUGUGUCGUUGGCUGAAACCGAGACAUGGAGGGGUGGUGGCGGGCGGCCCUGUGCCUCCUGGCGUCUCUCUACCCUAGCUCCACCCAGGCGGGCGACCCCGUCUUCUCGUCCGACACCCUCAUCAACAACGUAGUGCGUGACCCCGCCACGGGGCGCGUGUACGUGGGCGCAGUCAACACCGUGCUGCAGCUCUCCUCCGACCUGCUGCUCCAGGCCCGCUCCCUCACCGGCCCGGUGAAGGACAGCCGCUCCUGCACGCCCCCGGUCACGGCCGCCUGCACGGAGAGGGUGGAGACGGACAACCACAACAAGCUGCUGCUGGUGGGCCCGGGGGGGCAGCUGGUGCUGUGCGGGAGCGUGUUCAGGGGGCUCUGCUCGUUGAGGAACCUGACGGACGUGGAGCAGCUCCUCUACUUCAGCGACACCAAGGGGGAGAAGACUUAUGUGGCCAGCGCCGAGGAGGGCGUGUCUGUGGUCGGGGUGAUGUCAUACUUCGUCACCAAGGACAACGAGAACCUGACGGUGUUUGUGGUGGGGAAGGGCUAUGGCAGUCAGGACAGCACCAAGCUCAUCAGCACCCGGGUCCUGCAGGACUACUCUGAUUGGGUGGUGUUUGACAGCAUCAUCGAGGCGUCGGCCGUGCAGGCCAGCCCCUUCGUGCUCAGCUACCUGCACGACUUCCGCUUUGUCUUCAAGCACCACGGCUUUGUCUACUUCCUGUACUCGCGCACGCUCAGCGCCCAGGACAGCCGGACAUACACCUUCCUGUCCCGCAUGUGUGAGAACGACCACAGCUACUACUCCUACACUGAGCUGCAGCUCAACUGCAGCGCCACCAACAGGUUCAACAAGGUUCAGGCUGCCUAUGUGUCGGAGCCUGGCUUGGCCUUGGCCAGUAACCUGACCCUGUCGGGUGGCUGGGGCGUGGUGGAGCCUGCGGACCCGGUCCUGUUCGUGGUGCUGAGUGCAGAGGACGAGGGGGGCUCCAGCUCAGGGCUGUGUCUGUACCCCCUGGAGGCAGUGAACAAGCGGCUGGUGGAGAUCAUCUCAGCCUGCUACAGCCACGCUGGCAAGAUCAACGACCGGCCUGCCGUCUACACACCCUACUCCUCCAAACCGGAGGAGCUCUGCAUCACCAAGAACGAGGACAUGGCCUCUAAGUACCGCUGCGGGGCGGAGUUCCUGCCCUCCCCACUGGCCAGCAAGUCCGAAUUCGCCCUGACCUCCGACCCUGCCUACUCCAGGAAGGGUCACCUGACGGCCGUGGCGGUCGCCGUGGAGACGGAGCAUGCGGUGGCGUUCCUAGGGACGGGCGAGGGGGAGGUGCUGAAGCUGCACCUGUCGUCCCGGCCGGAGGUGUACGGCCGCACCCCCUCUGACGGGACGGGGGGCCGAGUCAACAAGAACCUGCUGCUCAGCUCAGACCUCACGCACCUGUACGUCGCCACGGAGAGGAAGAUCUCCAAGGUACCAGUGCAGGCGUGUAACAGGCCAGACUGCCAGUCCUGCAUGAGCCUCAAGGACCCUUACUGUGGCUGGUGUGUCCUGGAGAGCAGGUGUACCAGAAAGGGGGAGUGUGAUAGGUCUGCGGAGGACAACACCUGGCUGUGGAGCCCCAAUCAACAGUGUGUUCAGAUCCAGAGCUUCAACCCCCCCAACCUCAGCAACAAGAAGACCCAGCAGGUGGGGAUCACAGUUCCUUCCCUCCCCAGGUUAGGGCCCUCUGAUAAGCUGAAGUGUGUGUUUGGCUCCUUCCAAAGCCAGGCUGUGAUGAUUGACAGCAUGGUGACCUGUAGCCUGCCUGAUCCUGUGGAUAUCCCGCCCACUCCUGACAGUCAAGACUUUGUGGCGGUACCGGUCGCAGUCCUGGUGAACGGGAGCAUCACGGUCACGUCCGGAGAGUUCCGCUUCUACAGCUGCGCCGCCACCGUCAGGAAGUCCCAGAACACUCCGUGUAUUUCGUGCGUGACCAGUGAGUGGGGCUGCCAGUGGAACAGCCGUGAUCACGUGUGCAGUGACAACAGCGAGGCAGAAGGGGGCGCUCACGUCAUCAAACCUCUGCAGAAGGACAGCUGUCCCCGGUUUGAGAGCCCAGACCCUCAACUGCUCCCUGUGGGCCUCCGUGUCCCCCUCCGCUUCCAGGGCAGGAACCUGGGCAGCUACACGGGUCGACGGUUCACGAUCGGGACUGAGCUGAUGCAGCAGGUGGAGAAGGACGUGGUGUUUGAUGAGGACUCGAACCAGGGAUCCUUCAGUGGCUACGAGUUUACCUAUGAAAAACAGCAGGAGGUAAAUGUGUCGUUCCACAUCAAAGACAGUUACACAGAGAGGAGGGUGGACAGCACACUGACAGUGGUUGUGUAUAACUGCUCUGUGGGCCGUGAGGACUGCAGCCUCUGCAGGAGCGCUGAGCCCAGGUUCCAGUGUGUGUGGUGCCCCUCCUCCAGGACCUGCACACACACCCUGCUCUGCCCCUCCUCCCUGGAGACCCCCACCUGCCCCAGCCCCACCAUCACUGGAAUCUCCCCCCUGUUCGGGCCCCUGGCGGGCGGGAUCUCCCUCACCCUGCGGGGGAGCAACCUGGGGGUGAGGGCGGGGGACGUGAGGAGGAUCACUGUGGCGGGGGUGGAGUGUGUUCACCUGGAGGACAGAUACUCCGUCUCCACCAGUGUGGUGUGUGAGGUGGGUCCGGCAUGGCCCCCCGCCCCCGCCCUGCCCCCCCCAGCAGACCUGCCCCCCCCAGAAGACCCCCCUCAACGCAGGGAGGGAGUGGUGGAGGUGGAGGUGGAGGGGGGGCGCUGGGGCAGGUCACAGGUCGUCUUCACCUACAGGGAUCCCGCCCCCUCCUCGGUGCAGCCCGAGCAAGGCCCGGCCGCCGGAGGCACGGUGAUCACCAUCACAGGCACCAGCCUGGACACGGCCACUACAGAUGAUGUCACCAUCACCGUGGGGGGCGUGCCCUGCCAAGUCUUGUCGUUUGGGAGUCACCUCACCUGUCAGACAGGUGGGUACGCGGGCCAGAAGCUGCCCUCCCCUCUCUUACCCGUCAUCGUGAGCUACGGCCGGAACACCUCCAGGGAGGUCAGAGGUCAUCACUUCCAGUACUGGGACAACCCCAAGGUCACAGACUACAAUCCCAAAACCAGCUUCCACUGUGGGGGCAGGAGGGUCGUGGUUCAGGGGUCAGGAUUUGACCUCAUCCAGAGAGCCACCAUGACAGUGCUGCCCUCUACUGACGAGGAAGUGUACAACACCACUACUGCAGAGUUUGGUCAGGGUGUGUGGGUGGUGGGGCUGGUCCAGUAUGAGAGGAAGUACGAGGUUCCUCUGGCUGUCAUCAUCCCUGGAGUCAUCCUGCCCAUGCUGCUCUUCAUCGCUGUGUCUGUCUACUGCUACAGAAGGAAGAGCCAGCAGGCAGAGAGAGAGUAUGAGAAGGUGAGGCACCAGCUGGAGAACCUGGAGGAGAGUGUGAGAGAUCGCUGCAAGAAGGAGUUCACUGACCUGAUGAUAGAGAUGGAGGACCACACCAGUGACCUCAGCGAGGCGCGGAUCCCCUUCCUGGACUACAAGAACUACACCGACCGCAACUUCUUCCUGCCGUCUGAAGACGGCACCAACGACGUCAUGAUCACAGGGAGACUCGAUAUCCCAGAAUCCCGCAGGGCCAUUGUGUCCCAGGCCCUCAACCAGUUCUCCAACCUGCUGAACAGCAAGACCUUCCUCAUCAAUUUCAUUCGAACCCUGGAGGGGCGUCCAGACUUCGGGCCGCGGGCGCGUGUGUAUCUGGCCUCCCUCCUCACGGUGGCGCUUCAUGGGAAGCUGGAGUACUACACCGACAUCAUGAGAACCCUGCUGCUGGAGCUCAUGGACCAGCACGUCACCAGCAGGAACCCCAAACUGAUGCUGCGCAGGUCUGAGACGGUGGUGGAGAGGAUGCUGUCUAACUGGAUGUCCAUCUGCCUUUACCAGUUCCUCAGGGACACUGCAGGAGAGCCUCUGUACAAGCUGUUCAAGGCUAUAAAGCACCAGGUGGAGAAGGGUCCUGUGGACGCACGGCUGAAGAAGGCCAAGUACACCCUGAACGACACGGGCCUGCUGGGGGAUGAUGUGGAGUACAGCACCCUGACGCUGCAGGUGCUGGUGCAUGGGGAGGGGCCUGACGUGACCCCGGUCAAGGUGCUGAGCUGUGACUCCAUCACCCAGGUGAAGGAGAAGGUGAUCGAGCAGGUGUACAGGAACAUGCCCUACUCUCAGAGACCCAGGGUGGACACAGUGGCUCUGGAGUGGCGCCCUGGCUCCACAGGGCAGAUCCUGUCUGACCUGGACCUGACCUCCCAGAAGGAGGGGCGCUGGAAGAGGGUCAACACGCUGGCACACUACAACGUGAGAGACAACGCUACCUUGGUUCUGUCCACAGUGCUGCACACUCUCCCCUUCAACCAGCACCAGGACAGCCCUGAAGAGAGGAAUGCCCUCCUGGAGGAUGAGAAGGUGUUCCACCUGGUGCGACCAGCAGAUGAGCUGGACGAGGGGAAGUCUAAGAGAGGCAGUCUGAAGGACAAGGCCAUGACCAAGGCCAUCACCGAGAUCUACCUGACCAGACUGCUGUCUGUCAAGGGAACCCUGCAGCAGUUUGUGGAUGACUUCUUCAGGAGUGUGUUGUGUUCUGGCUCGGUGGUGCCUCCUGCUGUUAAGUACUUCUUCGACUUCCUGGACGAGCAGGCGCUGAAACAUGACGUGGAGGAAGACACCGUACACAUCUGGAAGACCAACAGCCUGCCCCUGAGGUUCUGGGUGAACAUCCUGAAGAGUCCUCACUUCAUCCUGGACGUGCAGGUGGGCGAGGUGGUGGAUGCAUCGCUGCACGUCAUCGCUCAGACCUUCAUGGACGCCUGCACCAAGACAGAACACAAGCUGAGCAGGGAAUCUCCCAGUAAUAAGCUGCUCUAUGCCAAGGAGAUCUCCACUUAUAAGAAGAUGGUGGAUGAUUACUACAAGGGUAUCAGACAAAUGGUGCCGGUGAGCGACCAGGACAUGAACACCCACCUUGCAGAGGUCUCCAGGCAACACACAGAUGAACUGAACACCCAGGUGGCCUUGCACCAGCUGUACCAGUACGCCAGCAAGUACUAUGAUGGGAUCAUCCAAUCCCUGGAGGAGGACCCGGCGGCGCAGAGCAAACAGCUAACCGUGCGUCUGCAGCAGAUCGCCGCCGCCCUCGAGAACAAGGUCACCGACCUUUAACCUUUCAUCGCCGGCUAGUGCAGGGCCGCGGACAGGAGUGGGAGGGGCCACCGACCAUAUAAGGAGGACUGGAGAUUUGGGACUGGUGUUAGACUUCUGAUUGGUUGUGGACUCACGGCCCUGCAGGAAGUUGACAUAUCUCCUCCUCCUCUGGACGUGAGGGGGAGGAGCCUGGACUGAAUCAUGGUUUUAUACACAGUCAGCUCUAAGAAGCUAGUCCAGCCUCUCUCUCUGUCUCUCUGUCUGUCUCUCUCUCUCUCUCUCUCUCUCUCUGUCUCUGUCUCUGUCUCUGUCUCGGUCUGACUUCCUCUCUAGCCCUUCCUCUCCCUCUCUUCUCUCUGAUUGGACCACCAGAGGGCAGACUCACCGAGCAGAGCGGAAGCUAACAGACUCUAAAACCAAUCAACAGCCACCACGGUACACCACUGACCAAUCAUGGACAUGCUGAGUAGGAAGAGACAACUAUGAACUGACCGAUAACAAAGAACCUUGAUUGAUUCUUCUUUCUGUUGCUUGGCUGUGUCCGGACAGGACUGCACCCCAGGGUCAAUAUUACUCACUGAUAAUCAGCUGUCUAAUCCUCUCUGUAGACUGACUAGCUAGGGUUUGUAUAUAAUAUUUUUAUGGUGCAGGCUUUACACGAUAAAAUGAAAUUAUUUUUGACUGGAUGAAUGAUGUAUGAACUGGCUCUUCAGCUCGUCUUGAAGAGAGUUGGUGAAGCAGGGUGUUCUGAUGACUCACUUCCUGUUAAUAAUUGGUUGCUUCCUGUGUAUAAUCGGCUUGCGUCGCUACUGGCUGGCUGCCAUUGGUAAUGUUUCCAAGGAGACCAGUUUGUGCUUAAUCCCAGAUAAGAGAAGCAUAACUCUGUUUUAGUUGCUUUUUAUUCACGUUUUCUGUUCCGCUGUCAAGAGCGUCCUCCCCAUGGGGCCCCUCCUCCUGUUCUAGAAUGUUCUCCAGCACCCCGAAGGGAACGUAGAACCUGUCUGCUCACAGAACACAAGAACUGCUCUGAUGUUUCAUCGUGUGUGUGUGUGUGUGUGUGUGUGUGUGUGUGUGUGUGUGUGUGUGUGUGUGUGUGUGUGUGUGUGUGUGUGUGUGUGUGUGUGUGUGUGUGUGUGUGUGUGUGUGUGUGGAGAGACGUUACUGCUACAAUCACAGCUGUAGUUCAGUGGUACAUUACUGCAGAUGGUACAUUAUUAUUACAGACAGUUCUGACAGAAGAAUCAGAAUGUGAAUUGCUGCUUCUUUUCUGUUGUCCGUUGUCAAACUAAAAUGUUUUUAAAUCCUUUUUUGACAAAUGUGUUGCCAAGAAUUAUCUUUAAAAUAUGCAAAUGGUUGUUUCUAAUCACUCCUAAAUACAGUUUAUUAUUAGUAUAUUU